AUGAAAGGUUAUGCUCGUAACGUGAACAAAGACGUUGUUGCAUGGAGAUUCAUGGAGUGUAGUAGGUUUUACACAGUGGCUGAGUUCAACAUUGCUUACGCAUCUUUUACGACAAGAUAUCCUUCUGCUGCCAAGUAUCUUGAAGAAUCUACCCAGAAAGAAAGAUGGGCACGAUGUGUUUUUCCAGGAGAUAGAUACAACCUAGACACAAGCAACUGUGUUGAAUCGUUGAACAGUGUAUUCAAAGAUGCAAGGAGGUACUCCUUGAUACCCAUGCUUGAUGCAAUACUUAAAAAAUUCUCUGAAUGGUUUAAUGAACAUCGAAAAGAUGCUGUGUCUGGAUCAGUCGCAAAUAAAUUGGUGCCUUUAGUGGAGAACUACUUACAUGAUUUAUGGGCAACUGCUGAGAAACUAAAGGUGAUAGAGCUAAAUGGUUUCGAGCUUGAAUACAAUGUCAUUGACAGUGACGGAAAGCCUUAUUUGGUGAAGUUGCGAUUGAGAAGUUGCAGUUGUAGGUUUUUCGAUAUACAAAAGUAUCCUUGUGUGCAUGCAUUGGCGUCUUUCAUUACAUACCAAAAAUAUGGAGGUAAGGAUUUCGAGUUACAUGAGUUGUGUUCUAAGUAUUAUUGGACGGAGCUGUGGGCAAUUGCAUAUUGCAGGACAAUUUAUUUAGUACCUGAUAAGUCUCGAUGGGAUGUCCUAGAUGACGUCCAAGAUAUGGAGAUCAUACCUCCGAAUCGGAAAAUAAGAGGGGGAAGAAAGAAAACAAAAAGGUAUGCAUCUGCUGGGGAAAAACGACCAAAAACUCGACCUAGGACGCAGAAUAAAAGGCGCCGGAGACAAGGACUCCAAUGGUUGUUAUUUGGAGAUAAUGUUCAUGUUUGA